UGUCCCUGCGCCCCACGGGCCGCAGCAGCAGCUAGAGCAGUUUCCCCGGUCCCUCCCCUCGGUCUCACUCACCCCCCACCCCCCCGCCGAGCGAGGAGGAGCUGGAGGAGAGGAAGAUGGCGGCGGCCGCCAGCACCCGCGGUGCCGCGGGGCCGCUCCGAGGAGCCUGAGAAACCCACAGAGGCUUCGCGGGAAGACGCGGCGGCGGAGGAUGAGCCUGCAGAGCGCGCAGUAUCUCCGGCAGGCAGAAGUCCUGAAGGCUGACAUGACAGAUUCCAAGCUGGGCCCAGCUGAGGUCUGGACAUCCAGGCAGGCUCUGCAGGACCUGUACCAGAAAAUGCUAGUUACUGACUUGGAAUAUGCUUUAGACAAGAAAGUAGAACAGGACCUCUGGAAUCAUGCCUUUAAGAAUCAGAUCACAACACUACAAGGCCAGGCAAAGAAUCGAGCAAACCCGAAUCGGAGUGAAGUUCAAGCCAAUCUUUCUCUGUUCCUAGAGGCAGCUAGUGGCUUCUACACUCAGUUAUUACAAGAACUGUGUACAGUGUUCAAUGUUGAUUUACCAUGCCGUGUGAAGUCUUCCCAGCUGGGAAUUAUCAGCCAUAAACAGACGCAUACCAGCGCCAUCGUGAAGCCACAGUCCAGCUCCUGUUCCUACAUCUGCCAGCACUGCCUCGUUCACCUCGGAGACAUUGCUCGAUACAGAAACCAGACCAGCCAGGCGGAGUCCUACUAUCGGCACGCAGCUCAGCUGGUCCCCUCUAACGGUCAGCCUUACAAUCAGUUGGCUAUCUUAGCUUCUUCCAAGGGAGACCAUCUGACCACAAUUUUCUACUACUGCAGAAGCAUUGCUGUGAAGUUCCCUUUCCCAGCUGCCUCCACGAACCUACAAAAAGCACUUUCUAAAGCACUGGAAAGCCGGGAUGAGGUGAAAACCAAAUGGGGCGUUUCUGACUUCAUCAAGGCCUUUAUUAAAUUCCACGGUCAUGUGUACCUGAGUAAGAGCUUGGAAAAGUUGAGCCCUCUUCGAGAAAAAUUGGAAGAACAAUUUAAGAGGCUGCUAUUUCAGAAAGCUUUCAACUCUCAGCAGUUAGUUCAUGUCACUGUCAUUAACCUGUUUCAACUUCAUCACCUUCGUGACUUUAGCAAUGAAACAGAACAACAUAGUUACAGCCAAGAUGAGCAGCUGUGUUGGACACAGUUGUUGGCCCUCUUUAUGUCUUUUCUUGGCAUCCUGUGCAAGUGUCCUCUCCAGAACAAGUCUCAGGAGGAAUCCUACAAUGCCUACCCCCUUCCCGCGGUCAAGGUCUCCAUGGACUGGCUGAGACUCAGACCCAGGGUCUUCCAGGAGGCAGUGGUGGAUGAAAGACAGUAUAUCUGGCCCUGGCUCAUUUCUCUUCUGAAUAGUUUCCACCCCCAUGAAGAGGAUCUUUCGAGCACUAACGCAACACCACUUCCGGAGGAGUUUGAGUUACAAGGAUUCUUGGCUUUGAGACCUUCUUUCAGGAACCUGGAUUUUUCCAAAGGCCACCAGGGGAUCACAGGAGACAAAGAGGGGCAGCAGCGCCAGAUACGGCAGCAGCGCUUGAUCUCUGUGGGCAAGUGGAUCGCCGACAACCAGCCGAGGCUGAUUCAGUGUGAAAAUGAGGUAGGGAAAUUAUUGUUUAUCACAGAAAUCCCAGAGUUAAUACUGGAAGACCCCAGUGAAGCCAAAGAGAACCUCAGCCUACAAGAGACAUCCGUGAUAGAGUCGCUGGCCACGGAUGGGAACCCAGGACUGAAAUCGGUGCUGUCCACGGGCCGGAAUCUAAGCAACAACUGUGACACCGGAGAGAAACCCGUGGUCACCUUCAAAGAGAACAUUAAGCCACGAGAAGUGAACAGAGACCAAGGAAGAAGUUUUCCUCCCAAAGAGGUGAGAAGGGACUGUAGCAAAGGAGUAACUGUAACUAAGAAUGAUGGAAAGAAGGACAACAACAAGAGGAAAACAGAACCCAAGAAAUGCACCUUAGAAAAGUUGCAGGAAACAGGAAAGCAGAGUGUGGCAGUGCAGGUAAAAUCCCAGGCGGAAUUGAGAAAGACCCCAGUGUCUGAAGCCAGGAAAACACCUGUAACUCAAACUCCAAGUCAAGCAAGCAAUUCCCAGUUCAUCCCCAUUCAUCACCCUGGAGCCUUCCCUCCUCUCCCCAGCCGGCCAGGGUUCCCGCCCCCAACAUAUGUUAUCCCCCCUCCUGUGGCAUUUUCUAUGGGCUCAGGUUACACCUUCCCAGCUGGUGUUUCUGUCCCAGGAACCUUUCUUCAGCCUACAGCUCACUCUCCAGCAGGAAACCAGGUGCAAGCUGGGAAACAGUCCCACAUUCCUUACAGCCAGCAACGGCCCUCUGGACCAGGGCCAAUGAACCAGGGACCUCAACAACCACAGCCGCCCUCCCAGCAACCCCUUUCAUCUCUACCAGCUCAGCCAACAGCACAGUCUGCAAGCCAGUUGCAGGUUCAAGCUCUAGCUCAGCAACAACAGUCCCCUACGAAAGCUGUGCCAGCUUUGGGGAAAAGCCCUCCUCACCACUCUGGGUUCCAGCAGUAUCAACAGGCAGAUGCCUCCAAACAGCUGUGGAAUCCCCCUCAGGUUCAAGGCCCAUUAGGGAAAAUCAUGCCUGUGAAACAGCCCUACUACCUUCAGACCCAAGACCCCAUAAAACUGUUUGAGCCGUCAUUGCAGCCGCCUGUGAUGCAGCAGCAGCCUCUCGAGAAAAAGAUGAAGCCUUUUCCCAUGGAGCCAUAUAACCACAACCCCUCAGAAGUCAAGGUCCCAGAAUUCUAUUGGGACUCUUCCUACAGCGUGGCUGAUAACAGAGCUGUGAUGGCCCAGCAAGCAAGUUUGGACCGCAGGGGCAAGCGGUCACCAGGUGUCUUCCGUCCAGAGCAGGACCCUGUGCCUAGGAUGCCAUUUGAGGACCCCAAAGGCUCCCCUCUGCUUCCUCCGGACCUGUUAAAGAGUCUGGCUGCCUUGGAGGAAGAGGAAGAGCUGAUUUUUUCUAACCCUCCUGAUCUUUACCCAGCUCUGCUGGGGCCUCUCGCCUCUCUUCCUGGAAGAAGCCUCUUUAAAUCCUUAUUGGAGAAGCCCUCCGAGCUCAUGUCGCAUUCACCCUCUUUCCUGUCCCUCACCGGAUUCUCUCUCAACCAGGAGAGAUACCCAAAUAACAGCAUGUUCAACGAGGUGUACGGGAAGAAUCUGACGGCCAGCUCCAAAGCCGACCUGAACCCCUCGAUGGCCCCGCAGGAGACGUCGCUGUACUCCCUGUUCGAAGGGACCCCGUGGUCCCCGUCACUUCCUGCCAGCUCAGAUCAUUCGACACCAGCCAGCCAGUCUCCGCAUUCCUCCAACCCAAGCAGCCUGCCAAGCUCUCCUCCGACACACAACCAUAAUUCUGUUCCAUUCUCCAAUUUCGGGCCCAUCGGGACUCCAGAUACCAGGGAGAGGAGGGCUGCAGAUCGGUGGAAAACUGAUAAGCCAGCCAUGGGCGGGUUUGGCAUUGAUUAUCUCUCAGCAACAUCAUCCUCUGAGAGCAGCUGGCAUCAGACCAGCACUCCAAGUGGCACCUGGGCAGGCCACGGUCCCUCCAUGGAGGAUUCCUCCGCUGUCCUCAUGGAGAGCCUCAAGUCUAUCUGGUCCAGUUCCAUGAUGCAUCCUGGACCUUCCGCUCUGGAGCAGCUGUUAAUGCAGCAGAAGCAGAAACAGCAGCGGGGACAAGGCACCAUGAACCCUCCACACUGAGGCCAGAGUGGCGACCCUGGGAAUGAAGGCUCCAUAAACCAUGGCAUGUUGGGCACGCAGGCCUGGCCCACACAGCCCCUGCAGGUGGCAGCCCUCUCCUCUGCUCCUUGCCGUCGAGAGGGUGUAAGUGUCCCACCGGCCCGCUGAGUGUGCACGAAAUGUCCGCAGUGCAACAAAACGAAACACCGUCGGGAACGCUCCGUCCCCCCGCCCCCCGGGGCCUUCCAGAGGGAGAGGAACUGCUGUUUGUCUCGCUCAGUUACCUGGUAGCGCCGCCGCUCACCUUCUCCAUCGUGCAUGUCCCCAGCCACGUGGGAAGUGAAAGCUGAGAAGGGAAGGCAGGUGGGAGAAGCCAGUGGGAACUUCUCAGUCCUUUUCCCUUCUUUGGGGAAUAAAAUAGGAAUCCAUUAAUGAUUGCUUUGCUGACUGAGAAUGUAGUUGAAAUUACUCCUCAACAUCUUUUAUUAUUGUUAUUUCUCUCAGUAGUAACAAGUCACACUGAAUUCUUCCACACACGGACGUGCUUCUUCUAGUCAGUGUGUAGCGAGGAGAGCCCCAGUCGCUGCUCCUGUGCGCGGUCGGCGGUGACAGCAUGGGGCAGCGGGCCUCCUCGGCCGGUGGAAGUGUCCCACAGGGCGAGCCCAAGGCCUCACCUUCCACUCGGAGGUUCCGGGAGGCCCUCCUCUGGCCUGGAGACUCCAGCAGGAAACGCCCUUCGCUCUGUAGGUGCUCGAGCCCCAGUGGAGGAUGCAGUGUGGGAGGUGGUGCUGGGCUGGACCAGCAGGUGGCUGCUACAGGAUUCUCAAUGAACGUCUUCGGUUCCUGUGCAUUUUGUGGUAGCAGGGCAGGCAGUGUCACGGAAGGCGGGCCAGUCCACUCGUGGCCUGACAUUGGAUGGGUAGAAGCUCUCAGUGUGGUCGUUUUUGUUCGGUUGGAUUCUGCGCCCCGAUCCUACUUACCACCUCCCCUCCCCUCCCUGCUCCAUCCCUUUCUACGCUUUGCUCUUCGCCAGUAAUUGUUUCUGUUCCUAACGUGCACAACAUCGCCCGAGGAGCGGCGACAGCACGGACCCGGGACCCGGCAGCCAGGGCCCGAAAGACAGUCUGGAGAGGAAGGAGGCAGCGGCGCCAAGCGGCCACGGAGGGGCCGGCCCGCACCAGCCGCAGCCCCCAGCUCCACCUCCAGGGUGAAACGCAAGGCAGCGGGACGCGCGUGCGCCACGCACAGAAGAGAACACGACGAGGUCCAUUCUGGAAGAAGCAGACGACAGGAAAACGAACUUUUACCUGGUAUUUAUUAGGAGGAAAGAGGACUGAAAUUUUUCUUGUGUAGAAACAGAAGGACAGCGUUUCUGUUAGUCGUUUCCUGGAAAAGUGAUAUUUCAAGGGGAAAUUAUGGAAACAAUCCAAACGUCCAAUUGCUGUGCUAGUGGUAGGGUUCAUUUUGCGGGGUUCUCACCUCUGCACGUGUGAGUGUGUGUGCGCACGCACGUCCCCUGCUCUCUGGAGGGGAGAGUGGUGCGUCUGAGUGUGCGUGGUCAGGUGGGCUGUGAGAGCUGGGGGGCGGCUGCAGGGCAGAGCACGUCCGGGAGCCCCGGGCACCCUGGAGCCGGGGCGGCCCCAGCGAGGGAAAGGGGUGAGGUCAGUGCUCCUUGCUCUUCAGAGAGGGUGGAUGGAGUCCCCUGUGCGUACAUCAUUGCUCUUUCAGUUUGACAUGGUGUUUGGGUUUUUUUGUUUUGUUUCUUUUUGGGGGAAGGUCUGAAAGGGUGAACCCCGUUCCUGCAUCCCAGCCCGAUGGCAAUAUGAAACCCUCUGUGCUGUCCCCCGCCCCUUCCCUGUGCCCACCUCUCUCCAGCCCCCGCCUCCCAAGCCCCCGCCCUUCCUCCCUGCCCCACUGCGUACGUGUGAGCUCUACAUUCAGGCAGCUGCGACAUUCCAGUGUGUGACCUGUCACGGACUCUCGCACCCUAGACCAGAUGACCAGGCUCGCCGACCCGCUCCCAGGGGCACCCACGUCCCCUCUGCAGCCCCCUUUCUGCAUGAGCAUUUGGUGUUCGGAAUGUUUUCUGACUCUGGGGGCGCCUUCCUCGCCUUAUCAUCCUCAGUGUGGAGUAAUGAGGAGGGAGGAGAGUCUUCAUCAGAAGCUGGUUUUGUGUAGUAAGCCUUCUUUUGUGUUCUGUUUUGUUUUGGUUUGGUUUUCUGUUUUGUUUGGUCUGUCUGUGCAAGACCUGCAGCUGCUGAAAUCAGCUUUGCCUUUAAUUAAACCAUGUUCUCUCCAA